GUUCCCUCAACCCUGGUGAAGAUGGACACAACAGACUUGACCCUGAGCUGAGCAGCCUGCAGAGAAGAGAGAGAGUUGAUUUAUCUAUUUAUUGAACUUUUAUUGUACCAUUUGAGUCUCUGACAUUUAGGGUAAAGAUGGUGACCUGUGGAACUCUGGUGAAGAUCUGGACAUUAGUCGUCGUCAUAGCAGCACUGGGCUGGACUGGGACAGUAGAUGGAGAAAAGCUGGUGUCGUGCUGUAAGACAGUGUCUAGGACAGAGAUGACCGAUCCCAUCACAGGCUACUGGAUUCAGAACUAUAACGCUCCUUGUGUACGGGCCGUCAUCUUUGAGACGAAGAAAGGUCUGUUCUGUAGUUACCAUAAACAACCCUGGGUACGCCGCAAGAUUCAGCAGUUUGAAAUGGCCCGUCUGAGCUCAACAUUUCUCUCGCCCUCCUCUCCGCCCUCUCUCACCUCCACCUCCACCCCUACCACUACCUCCUUACCCUCCUCUCCACCCUCCAUCAACUCCUCUCCUCCCUCUCUCACUUCCACCAGUACCCCCUUAACCUCCUCUCCCUCCUCAUCUCCUCCCUCUCUCACCUCCACCAGUACCUCCUUAACCUCCUCUCUCUCCUCAUCUCCUCCCUCUCUCACCUCCACCCCUACCUCCUUACCCUCCUCUCCUCUUUCUGUUUUCUCCUCUCUUUUCCCUCUUUCCUCCUCUUCUCCAUCCAUACCUUCCUCUCCGCCCUCUCUUUCCUCCUCUCCUUCCUAUCUCCUCUCCUCUCUUUUCCCUGCCUCCUCCUCUCCUCCCUCUAUCUCUUCCUCUCCUCCCUCUUUCUCCUCCCCCCGUCAUCGGGAAUCGACCAAGAAUGCCUCAACUCAGCAGUCAACAUCCAACCAAUAGAGUCAUUGCUAAUGGCUGAAGCUCCGCUGAUGUUCAUAACUUCCAAUAUGCACAUUACAUUCAUUUACAUUUACAUUUAAGUAAUUUAGCAGACGCUCUCAUAUUGAAUAUCUUAUUCAUAUUGACGUUUUUCAUAGUCUGAUUAUCUAGUUAUACUUGAACUCAGUUGUCAUAAUCAUGUUCAAUGGGUUGUUAGAGUUUUUAUGAAUUACAUUUAAGACCAGUGUUGUAUGUGCCCAUUCUUUUAUUUAUUCAAGUACUUAUGGGGGCUUGUAGAACAUUUUGAUGUUUAGAUGAAUAGGUUCAUAUUUGGCUGUUUGUCAUUCAUCAUGUCAAUAAGUUAUCAAUGUUAUUUAAUAAAUUUAUUUAUUUAUUAAGUACUUAUA